CAGGAAUGUAGGAUCCUGAAGAAUUUUUCCUCCUUGAAGGCCAUCAUUUCAGCCCUGCAGUCCAACUCCAUCUAUCGGCUGAAGAAGACGUGGGCCUGUGUUCCAAAGGACACAAUGCUGAUAUUCGAAGAGCUGUCUGAUAUCUUCUCGGACCAUGACAAUUAUUUGACAAGCAGGGAGCUGCUAAUGAAGGAAGGAACAUCCAAAUUUGCGAAUCUGGACAGCAGUGUGAAAGAAAAUCAGAAAAGGACCCAGAGACGACUGCAGCUUCAAAAAGAUAUGGGAGUAAUGCAAGGCACGGUACCUUAUCUUGGUACCUUCCUCACUGAUCUCAUCAUGCUUGACACAGCCCUGCAGGACUAUAUCGAGGGUGGACUGAUAAAUUUUGAGAAGAAGCGAAAGGAAUUUGAAGUCAUUGCCAAAAUUAAGCUCUUGCAAUCUGCAUGUAACAGCUAUUGCAUGACACCAGACCAAAAAUUCAUCCAGUGGUUCAAGAGACAGCAGAAUUUAACUGAGGAUGAGAGUUACAGCCUUUCACGUGAGAUUGAAGCAGCCACUGACGCUAGCACCACAUCACCAAAAUAUCGGAAAAGCAUGGUGAAGAGGUUCAGCCUACUGUUUCAAGGCUCCGAAGUAUCACCCACAACCUGUAGCACACCCAUCAAAGAACAACCCCAAGCUGCUCCAGGUGGGAGCUCUGGUGAAAGCACAGACUCUGCCAGUGUUUCCUCAUGUGAGUUCAAUCACUCUGAAACUGACAACUCCUAUGUCACUGCCAUCGACGCUCCUGAUGAGUCUGUUGGCACUCCUGAUGAGUCUCUCUCUGAAUCUUCUGAAUCCUCCUCCUUCACUUCCUCCACCAUGGAGACAUCUUCCUCAGGGGUGUCAUCUUUAACCUCACCCUCUACCUUGCCGUCAUCCAACAAGAGCUCUGUCUCCGUGACACCCACUACCUCAAAAGCACUGUUCCCAGUUUACAACCAGCAGAACGAAGACAUGUGCAUCAUCCGCAUCAGCGUAGAAGACGACAAUGGCAAUAUGUACAAGAGCAUCGUGCUAACAAGCCAAGACAAAACUCCUGCUGUCAUCCAGAGGGUGAUGCUGAAGCACAACCUGGAAUCUGACACAGCCGAGGAUUAUGAACUCGUGCAGAUCAUAUCUGAGAACAAAGAGCUGGUGCUCCCGGACAACGCCAACGUGUUCUACGCCAUGAACAGCCAUGUCAACUUCGAUUUCAUCCUGCGGAAAAAAGCUUCAGCUAAGGGGAAGGUGAAAAUGAGGAGCCGUUGCAGUCUGACACUCCUGAGAGCUGCCAAACGCGGAGGCCGGAGCAACCGGCCAGGCAACAUCACAGUGUGA